UAUUAUUAUCUUCGUUCGUCCAGAGCAGAAUUUUGAAGAUAGAGAAAGGAAAUCGAAUUAAAAUCAUCGUCAGAUUCGAGAGACGACGACGAAGUUGUUCUCGAUUAUCAUCAGCGGCUCCCUUCAAAAACCCUAACUCUCUGAGCUCGAUCGACAAGUGAUAAUGGCCAACAGUAAUUUGCCGCGAAGAAUCAUCAAGGAAACUCAACGUCUGCUCAGUGAACCGGCUCCCGGUAUAAGUGCCUCUCCGUCUGAGGAUAAUAUGCGGUAUUUCAACGUUAUGAUUCUUGGUCCUACACAAUCACCUUAUGAAGGAGGAGUUUUCAAGUUGGAGCUCUUUUUGCCGGAAGAAUACCCUAUGGCAGCUCCCAAGGUUAGGUUUCUCACAAAGAUAUACCAUCCUAACAUUGACAAGCUUGGAAGAAUCUGUCUUGAUAUUCUGAAGGACAAAUGGAGUCCUGCACUACAAAUACGAACAGUGCUCUUAAGUAUUCAAGCUCUUCUGAGUGCACCAAACCCAGAUGACCCGCUGUCUGAGAACAUUGCGAAGCACUGGAAGAGUAAUGAGGCAGAAGCUGUGGAGACAGCCAAAGAAUGGACCCGCCUUUACGCAAGUGGCGCAUAAUGGAUUGGAGGGUGAAAAGAUCUCUUUCAUCCAAAUAACAUUACAUUUGAUGAAAUCUAUCUCAACAGAAAGCUUAUAUUUUGCUGGCUCGUCCCCCUCAUAAUUACAAAUUCGUGUUUUCGUCUCCAUUAAGCCUGUAAUUUCUCUAAAUCACUGUAUCAUUAUCAAUAGGAUCAAGACUCGUUUUUCAUAUUUGAAGUACUUUGACUCAAUAGGAUCAAAGUUCUUUGAGUCAAAAGUUCUCUUUCUCUACUCUGUCUAAGCUCUGUAAAUUUUCACCGAUAGAGGUUGUUAAUCAUUGUUGGCGUAAA